AUGGUAAAGAAAGCUUCGGAUAGCACUGGGGUUCCCAGCGUUAACACGCCUGAAAUCCCUCCCGAUCCAGGAGAGACAGACGACCCCAACACAUCUCCAGGUCCACCAGGAGACCUGGAUGUGCCGGGCCCUUCCCAAUCCACAACCACGGUUGUACCUGCCAUGGUCACACCUCUUCCCCCUGAGGAAGACCCACCCAACGUGCCAGUUGGACCUGAUCCAUUCACUGACAUGCCUGGUUCCCCUGAUCCUCUCAGAUCGGGUGAAGCAUUAGGGCUUGGUGAUGGCCCUGACAACUCAGUUGAGGUCGUCAACAUGGGUGGUACCAAACCACGAGUGAAAACUCCUGGAUCGUUGAAUGAUCAGCACAAUGAAUUGAUGAUGAUGCUAAUAAGCAUCAAUCAAUGGCUGACUCGCCACAACGAGGCUAUAGAGGACUUACAGGCUUGGAUUUAUCACCCUAGCCCUGGAUUGGCUGGAAGCCAAAUCCCUCUAAACUCACCCCAGUUUGAGGCAACAAGUGUGCCUCCACCCAUACCAGUCAGGGGACGGGACAGAGAACCCAUCCAGCGACGAAACUCGCUGGUGGACGAAGUCUCUGCUGACGAAGACUACGUCAGGACGACCACCUACCUCCCUGUGCCUGGGCAUCCCAGUGUGAGGAUGACAACAUACGUCCCUCAUGCUGAUGAACCCGCACCUGGGAGUUCUUCGACCCCAUUGCCAAAGAGAAUCCCUUCUUAUCUGAAGGGAAAGAGUGUCGAUUGGGGCCCUCAGGGCCUGCCUGUUGUCCUCAGAAGGACACAGUCACUUCAUGUGCCUGAAGCACCCAUCGUUUUGGAAAGUUCGACAGAUGAAGGGGAGACUGAUCGCGAUCCGUGA